GAUUCGGAUCCUGUAAUGCCCCGGAAAGGUUUCAGAUCACUUCCGGAUGUCACUCAGAAGAACAUGGCAGCUGCAAAGUGCUCUGAGGAUCAGUGGAUUGAAAUACAGAAAGCUGCCUCGGAAAAGAGACGUGAACUCGUGUUACAGGGUCCCAGCAUCGACAAGAAAAUAGUUUCUGGAGGUCUGGAUGUCAGUAUCUACUCCUUGUCGCUUUUGAACUACCUGGAAAUCAGUCAGUGCGCGAAUUUGACUAAGGUCCACCCGGAAAUUGCGAAUCUGAUCAAUCUUCAGAGCUUAAUUUUAUGCAGAAAUAAGUUGUGCUCUGUCCCUGAAGCGAUUGGAAAUUUGAAAUCGCUCAAAGUUUUAGAUGUAUCAGUCAAUGAUUUGACAUGUUUGCCCGUCGAGUUGUCGCAUCUUUCUGAGCUGAACACCCUCAACGUGAGCUGCAAUAGGAUAAGAAGCCUACCUGAUGGUUUGAGCAAGUGUGUAAAACUGGUGUCCAUAAACGUUUCCAAAAAUGAGAUUAGUAACCUUCCCGAAGAUUUAUUCUCCUCUGAUCUGGAACACCUCAGCACAAUUAUUGCCUCGGAGAAUGCGAUUGAAGAACUGAGUGGGAAUAUAUACGCCUUAUCUGCCCUCAAGAAUGUGGACCUUUCCAACAACAAGAUUACUGAAAUCCCAUUCGAUUUGGCCGACUGUUCUAAGCUAAAGGAAGUAAACUUCCGAGGAAACAAACUAAAAGAUAAGCGUCUAGAGAAGAUGGUGAACGGCUGUCAGACUAAAUCUAUUUUGGACUACCUGCGGGCGGGUGGCAGGGGAAAAGGUAGAGGGAAACAACAAGAGGCCAGUGCGAAGGAUGAAAAUACAAAAGACAAAAGAAGAAAGAAGAGAUCGGAUAAGCACCAAAAGAAUAAGGAAGAGGAUGAAGAACUGGACGACUUAAACCAAAUGGUGGUGAAAGUUCUACAAGUGCACGAUAGCGACGCAGCAUUUACCAUUAAAGUGGCACCACAGGUUAAAGAUGUUCGUCCAUACAUCGUCUGCUGCAUUGUUAAGGGUAUGAACCUGAAGCAGGGGAAUGCUCUUAAAAGGUUUCUGAUGGCACAGAUCAAGCUCCAUGAUGAGAUAUGUGAGAGAAGGACCUCUGCCACCAUUGCUACUCACGACCUCCAUCGGCUUAAGGGCCCCCUUCUAUAUGAUGCCAGGUCUCCAAGAACACUUAAGCUUGUGCCUCUGAGCCGUAAGGAGAUGAACGCCGCAGAGUUGCUGAGGCAGCUGCAGUUCGAGGCCGAGGAGCAGAGGAAACAUAAGAAGAGGCAGAACGUCUCGGGCCUCCACAAGUAAGACGAGUCUGACCUCGACUUCCCCG